AUGUACAUUUCAGGGUUCCGUCGUAAAAGGGAUAAUAAGGAUUACACUCGAUGGAAGUCGAAUAUAGAGACGACACAAGAAUUUAUUGUUAAAGUUUUAGAAGACGAUGUGUCAUUACCUCAAAUUAAGAAGUUUGCGGCUAUAAACAUUGCGCCGUUCACUAAAGAAAGAGAAAAAAUUAUAAUUGGUGGUCCAAUAACUCCGUCACCUACAACGACUUCAGAGUCAGAUAAGUUAAAAGAUUAUACUAGAUUUGGUCCUCCCUCGACCUUGUCUGUUACUGCCAUUGAUGGAAACAUUAUCCUUCAGCCUAUUAAAAUAAACGAAAAUGCUAUUGCACCGAUACGACCCCCAGGUCGUAGAUCCGGAUUGGAACCAGCAAAGAACCCCCUUCGAGAUGAAAGCCCUCCAGCGCGACCCCAAUUCUUACCAAAAAAACAGUCAAUUAUACCUCGACAAUUCGCUCCAAUAUCACCGGUAUCUUUUACAAAACGUAGUUCUCUAGGCCCUUUAACGGGUCGUAGGAUAGACAAAUCGAUGUUGUUCAGGGAAACAACGUUUCAACAUCCCACUCGAACUUCCCAUGUAAAGCUAGAAAUCCCGAAAAGGACAACAGAAUUUAGGACUUCUGUUACAUAUGACUACAAUUAUGAAUUAAGAACUCAAUUUAUUCCAAAGCGGACUUCACAAACAUCGAUAAUAGAUUUACACAGAACAACAACUGACCAAAUAGAAACGGAAAAUAGUGAUUUUAUACCCACGGUUGCUAAUAUUCAAAAAAUAGCAGAACAGAAAGGUUCUUCAAAAGUAGGACAUAAAGAAACAAAAAUGGCUUAUGAUCUACUUUAUCACGAUGAAGAUGAAAUUAGUGACCCGAGAAGAAAAGAACAUCAAAAAACCACAGACAGCUACGAAGAUCUUCACGUAAUUGACAAUGAGAAUGUUACAAGAGAUGACACCUUAAGUAACGCCGAAGAACGUGAAACUACCACAGACGACUCUGAUUCAAAUAAUAACGAUAAAGACAAUUUGGAAUCGACCAUAAGAGGUUCUCAACAAAAGCUAUUCGGUGUGGCGACUUUACAACCUCUUUCUAAUAAAUUGGAGGACGAUGAAUAUGAAGAUAAAAGCAAAACAACGCUAAAAGAUAAAAAAAUAGUAACGCAACUAAAACAAUGGGCCGAUGAAAGUCCUGUUGCCAAAUGGAUGGACCUUACCGAAGGAAAUUACACGAUAAUGGAAAAUCCAAUAUACAUGAUGAUGGUUGAUGAUCCCAGCAGUGGACAAAUUAUGUCUGCUAAAAGAACCGUAAUGAUCGUCGCAGGAAUCCAAGGAAGAGAUCAUCAUGCUGUUACAGCGGCGAUGUACGUUCUGUAUCAGUUGAUUGAACGCAGUGAAGCACAUUCUGAUUUGCUUACUAAGUUCCGCUUUUGGAUUGUUCCUGUUUUUAAUCCAGAUGGAUAUGAUUAUUCAAUGACUUUCCCUCAAAGACGCGAAUGGACGAAGAAUGUACGUCAGUCGUGGGAUUCGUGCAAAGGUAGGAUUCUGUGUAGGACCUGCGAAGAGUUUGGAGUGGGGUGUACGAUACGGCCAUGUUACGGGGUCAACUUGGAUCGUAAUUUUGAAUAUCAAUGGAUACCCACAGAAGAGUUGCGCUCUGAACAUCCGUGUGGGAUGCUGUUUGCUGGACCUCGUCAACUGAGCGAGGUUGAGACAAUAGCGCUUACGCAUUUCCUUCACAAUCAGCGCACGCCGAUUCACACCUUCAUAGCUUUCAAAGAGGGAGAUGUUCUAAGACACAGAGCCUCAAGAGCUGCAGCCGCUGCUAAUAGCAUCAGCGGACGGCCAUACGUUGCUGGGCAAACCUCCGAGUUUCUACCGCUUUACGCUGGAGGCGUUGAAGACUGGGUGGAUGGUCAUCUUGGGAUAGACAAUACUUAUACCGUCAUGAUGUUCCGACCGUCCGAUGCCUAUAGUUCAAAAAUUAUCACGGAGCGCGUCGUUCACGAGGCAUAUGCUGCGGUGGAUACUUUGCUUCUAGAGAGUGUAGAGACUCCGAGAUCGCCGCAAGCUGUUUUAACCAGAGCCAAAGCUUCAGCAAACACCUUACUCGCGAAUAUCUUUAUAUUAUUACCUAUGGUUCUGGGCUUCGAGAAAGGAGGCAACCUCAACCCUGGGUUCGGGAUAACUGAACCUCCAAAGCCACUUGAUGCAAAGUUCCCUGACGAUGUCAUCAAUGAAAAGGGCGAAGAUGUUGAAGAGGAAGAUUCUCGGCCGAUGUGGGGAAACCAACUCGAAUUUCUUAUGUCAUGUAUUGCCACAUCAGUCGGGCUUGGUAACGUUUGGCGAUUUCCAUUCGUCGCUUACCAGAAUGGAGGGGGCGCCUUCCUUAUUCCCUAUAUUAUAGUACUGAUUCUUAUCGGAAAACCCAUGUAUUAUAUUGAGGGAGUCAUGGGACAGUUCAGCUCGAGAAACUCCUUGAAAGUCUGGGCCGUAGCGCCCGCUAUGAGAGGUCUCGGAUAUGCACAAGCUUUAGUUUGUGGUUAUACUCUCUCCUACUAUGUAUCAAUCAUCGCUUUAUGUAUCUACUAUCUUGCCAUGAGCUUCCAAGCCCCGUUGCCAUGGGCUGUAUGUGAUCCUUCCUGGGAAAAUUGUGUGCCUUCAUCUAGUACAGGGGAGAAUGUAGACAUAGUUAAUGGAACAAGCAGCGCUGAAUUAUAUUUCGUAAAAACUGUUCUUCAGCAGAACAAUGGACUUGAAGAGGGCCUUGGUCUUCCUCUUUGGUACCUAGUACUUUGCCUGUUAGCAUCCUGGCUAAUGAUCUUUGUGAUCGUUUCAAGAGGUGUUAAAAGUUCAGGCAAAGCAUCAUACUUCUUAGCACUCUUCCCUUACGUGGUGAUGAUUAUUCUUCUUAUCAGUACAGCAAUUCUUCCCGGAGCUGGGAACGGUAUUUUAUUUUUUAUCACACCAGAUUGGAGUAAAUUACUGAACCUUGAUGUAUGGUAUGCUGCUGUCACACAAGUGUUCUUCUCUUUGUCAGUCUGCGAUGGACCCAUUGUUAUGUUCUCAUCUUAUAAUUCCUUCAAACAAAAUGUAUACAGAGACGCGAUGAUUGUUACCACUUUAGAUACCUUCACCAGUUUGUUAUCUGGAUUCACAAUUUUCGGUAUUCUUGGAAACUUGGCGUACGAAUUAAAGAGAGAAGUUAGUGAAGUUGUCGGCUCUAAAGGGACGGGACUUGCUUUUGUUUCCUACCCUGAUGCCAUUGCCAAGACAUUUCAACCCCAGUUAUUCUCAGUACUCUUCUUCUUGAUGCUGGUUGUACUUGGUAUUGGAUCAGCUGUAGCCCUCUUGUCUUCUAUUAACACACUUCUAUUAGACGCAUUCCCUCGCGUCAGAACUGUCUACAUGUCUGCCUUCUCAUGCACUAUUGGUUUUGCUUGUGGUCUUGUAUACGUCACGCCUGGUGGACAAUUUGUGUUGGACUUGGUUGACUAUUUUGGUGGAACUUACCUUGCUCUUUUCUGCGGUAUAGUUGAAGUUAUAGGUUACUUCUGGAUUUAUGGACUGGAAAACGUAUGUUUAGACAUUGAAUUCAUGUUGAAUAUGAAGACCUCUAUAUACUGGCGGUUCUGUUGGGGUUUCAUUACUCCAGCUAUGAUGGCUAUCGUCUUCAUUUACGCUCCCUUAUCCUCCGAUAGUAUAGAGUACUCCGGAUAUACUUACCCAUUAGCGGGUUAUGUUUCUGGAUACAUGCUGAUGGGCAUUGGAGUAUUCUUUGUUCCCCUAGUUAUUCUGCUGACAUUAUACAAAUACAGAACCGGCAGAUUUUGUGAUACUCUGAAGAAGUCUUUUACACCCAAAGAAUCUUGGGGUCCCAGGUCUGCAAGUACCAGACGCGAAUGGAAACUUUUCAAAGAAGAAGUUGAAAGGGAAAGAAAAUUGGUGCCGAGGUCAUGGCUGAAACACAAUAAUUCAGAGAAAGAAGGCAACCUCAACCCUGGGUUCGAGAUAACUGAACCUCCAAAGUCACUUGAUGCAAAGUUCCCUGACGAUGUCAUCAAUGAAAAGGGCGAAGAUGUUGAAGAAGAAGAUUCUCGGCCGAUGUGGGGAAACCAACUCGAAUUUCUUAUGUCAUGUAUUGCCACAUCAGUCGGGCUUGGUAACGUUUGGCGAUUUCCAUUCGUCGCUUACCAGAAUGGAGGUGGAGCCUUCCUUAUUCCCUAUAUUAUAGUACUGAUUCUCAUCGGAAAACCUAUGUAUUAUAUUGAGGGAGUCAUGGGACAGUUCAGCUCGAGAAAUUCCUUGAAGGUCUGGGCCAUAGCGCCCGCUAUGAAAGGUAUCGGAUAUGCACAAGCUUUAGUUUGUGGUUAUAUUCUCUCCUACUACGUAUCAAUCAUCGCUUUAUGUGUCUACUAUCUUGCCAUGAGCUUCCAAGCCCCCUUGCCGUGGGCAGUAUGUGAUCCUUCCUGGGUAAAUUGUGUGCCUUCAUCUAGUACAGGGGAGAAUGUAGACACAGUUAAUGGAACAAGCAGCGCUGAAUUAUAUUUCGUAAAAACUGUUCUUCAGCAGAACAAUGGACUUGAAGAGGGCCUUGGUCUUCCUCUUUGGUACCUAGUACUCUGCCUGUUAGCAUCCUGGUUGAUAAUCUUUGUGAUCGUUUCAAGAGGUGUUAAAAGUUCAGGCAAAGCAUCAUACUUCUUAGCACUCUUCCCUUACGUGGUGAUGAUUAUUCUUCUUAUCAGUACAGCAAUUCUUCCCGGAGCUGGGGAUGGUAUUUUGUUUUUUAUCACACCAGAUUGGAGUAAAUUAGUGAAACUUGAUGUAUGGUAUGCUGCUGUUACACAAGUGUUCUUCUCUUUGACUGUCUGCAAUGGACCCAUUAUUAUGUUCUCAUCUUAUAAUUCCUUCAAACAAAAUGUAUACAGAGACGCGAUGAUUGUUACCACUUUAGAUACCUUCACCAGUUUGUUAUCUGGAUUCACAAUUUUCGGUAUUCUUGGAAAUUUGGCGUACGAAUUAAAGAGAGAAGUUCGUGAAGUUGUCGGCUCUAGAGGGACGGGACUUGCUUUUGUUUCCUACCCUGAUGCCAUUGCCAAGACUUUCCAACCCCAGUUGUUCUCAGUACUCUUCUUCUUGAUGAUGGCUGUACUUGGUAUUGGAUCAGCUGUAGCUCUCUUGUCAUCUAUUAACACUCUUCUAUUGGACGCUUUCCCUCGCGUCAGAACUGUCUUCAUGUCUGCCUUCUCAUGCACUAUUGGUUUUGCUUGUGGUCUUGUAUACGUCACGCCUGGUGGACAAUUUGUGUUGGAUUUGGUUGACUAUUUUGGUGGAACUUACCUUGUUCUUUUCUGCGGUAUAGUUGAAGUUAUAGGUUUCUUCUGGAUUUAUGGACUGGAAAACGUAUGUUUAGACAUAGAAUUCAUGUUGAAUAUGAAAACCUCUAUAUACUGGCGGUUCUGUUGGGGUUUCAUUACACCAGCUAUGAUGGCUAUUGUCUUCAUCUAUGCUCCCUUUUCCCCCGAUAGUAUAGAGUACUCCGGAUAUACUUACCCAUUAGCCGGUUAUGUUUCUGGAUACAUGAUGAUGGGCAUUGGAGUAUUCUUUGUUCCCCUAGUUAUUCUGCUGACAUUAUACAAAUACAGAACCGGCAGAUUUUGUGAUACACUGAAGAAAGCUUUUACACCCAAAGAAUCUUGGGGUCCCAAGUCUGCAAAAACUAGACGCGAAUGGAAACUUUUCAAAGAAGAAGUUGAAAGGGAAAGAAAAUUGGUGCCGAGGUCAUGGCUGAAACACAAUAAUUCAGAGAAAGGAGGCAAUGUCAACCCUGGGUUCGAGAUAACUGAACCUCCGAAGUCACUAGACGCUAAAUUCCCUGACGAUAUCAUCAACGAAAAGGGUGAAGAUGUCGAAGAGGAAGAUUCUCGGCCGAUGUGGGGAAACCAACUCGAAUUUCUUAUGUCAUGUAUUGCCACAUCAGUCGGUCUUGGUAACGUUUGGCGAUUUCCAUUCGUCGCUUACCAGAAUGGAGGUGGCGCCUUCCUUAUUCCCUAUAUUAUAGUACUGAUUCUUAUCGGAAAACCCAUGUAUUAUAUUGAGGGAGUCAUGGGACAGUUCAGCUCGAGAAAUUCCUUGAAGAUAUGGGCCAUAGCGCCCGCUAUGAGAGGUCUCGGAUAUGCACAAGCUUUAGCCUGUGGUUAUAUUCUCUCCUACUACGUAUCAAUCAUCGCUUUAUGUAUCUACUAUCUUGCCAUGAGCUUCCAAGCGCCCUUGCCGUGGGCAGUAUGUGAUCCUUCCUGGGAAAAUUGUGUGCCUUCAUCUAGUACAGGAGAGAGUGUAGACAUAGUUAAUGGAACAAGCAGUGCUGAAUCAUAUUUCAUAAAAACCGUUCUUCAGCGGAACAAUGGACUCGAAGAGGGCCUUGGUCUUCCUGUUUGGUACCUAGUACUUUGCCUGUUAGCAUCCUGGCUGAUAAUCUUUGUGAUCGUUUCAAGAGGUGUUAAAAGUUCAGGCAAAGCAUCAUACUUCUUAGCACUCUUCCCUUACGUGGUGAUGAUUAUUCUUCUUAUCAGUACUGUAAUUCUUCCCGGAGCUGGGGACGGUAUUCUGUUUUUCAUCACACCAGAAUGGAAUAAAUUGUUGGAACUGGAUGUGUGGUAUGCUGCUGUCACACAAGUGUUCUUCUCUUUGACUGUCUGCAAUGGACCCAUUAUUAUGUUCUCUUCUUAUAAUGCCUUCAGACAAAACGUAUACAGAGACGCGAUGAUUGUUACCACUUUAGAUACCUUCACCAGUUUGUUAUCUGGAGUCACAAUUUUCGGUAUUCUUGGAAAUUUGGCGUACGAAUUAAAGAGAGAAGUUCGUGAAGUUGUCGGCUCUGGAGGUACCGGACUUGCUUUCGUUUCCUACCCUGAUGCCAUUGCUAAGACUUUCCAACCUCAGUUAUUCUCAGUACUCUUCUUCUUGAUGAUGGCUGUACUUGGUAUUGGAUCAGCUGUGGCCCUCUUGUCAUCUAUUAACACACUUCUAUUGGACGCAUUCCCUCGCGUCAGAACUGUCUUCAUGUCUGCCUUCUCAUGCACUGUUGGCUUCGCUUGUGGUCUUGUGUACGUCACGCCUGGUGGACAAUUUGUCUUGGAAUUGGUUGACUAUUAUGGUGGAACUUUCCUUGUACUUUUCUGUGGUAUCAUUGAAGUAAUAGGUUUCUUCUGGAUUUAUGGACUGGAAAACGUAUGUUUGGACAUAGAAUUCAUGUUGAAUAUAAAGACGUCUAUAUACUGGCGUUUCUGUUGGGGUUUCAUUACACCAGCUAUGAUGGCUGUCGUCUUCGUCUACGCUCUCAUGUCCUUCGAUAGUUUAGAGUUCGCCGGAUAUACUUACCCAUUAGCCGGUUAUGUUUCUGGAUACAUGAUGCUGUUCGUUGGAGUAUUCUUUGUUCCCCUAGUUAUUCUGCUGACAUUAUUCAAAUACAGAACCGGCAGAUUUUAUGAUACUCUGAAGAAGGCUUUCACACCCAAAGAAUCUUGGGGUCCCAGGUCUGCAAGUACCAGACGCGAAUGGAAACUUUUCAAAGAAGAAGUUGAAAGGGAAAGAAGUUUGGUGCAGAGGUCGUGGCUGAAACACGUCGGUUUAAGUCUGAUAGGAGGAUACAAACGUCCUUGA